CAGUUGGGUAGACUAAUGGAUUCUUCAUUUGGGAUCUUCUCUUUCUGCGCCUUUUUCGAUUUGCCUUUAAAGAUGGAGGGUGUGGAAGAGAAAAUUGAGGAUACUCUCCAAUUUGCACCAAAUGAAUUACUUCAGUGGAGCCAAUGGCAAUUGCUUGAUUCUGUUCUCCCUACUGGUGGCUUUGCUCAUUCUUUUGGCCUUGAGGCUGCUAUUCAAGCCCGGUUAGUCUCUGGACCCGAAGACCUUCGAACAUUUGUGAUCCAUAUACUAGAGAAUACAGGAAGUCUAUUGCUUCCUUUUGUCUAUACUUUGAAUACAUCUCCUAAUGUCGAAACAUGGUAUAAACUUGAUAAAAUACUGGAUGCAACACUGACAAAUGAAGUUGGUAGGAAAGCAUCUAUUUCACAAGGAUCAGCACUUUUGAGAGUAGCUGCUGCUGUGUUUCAGGAAGUUCCGUAUCUAAAAACUAUGCGGGAAAUGUCUUUGACUAGUGGAGCUGUCCUUUUCCACCAUGCUCCCAUUUUCGGACUUGUCUGUGGGCUUCUUGGAUUGAAUGCUGAAACUUCUCAAAAGGCUUACUUGUGUAUAACGAUGAGAGAUGUUGUAUCGGCUGCAACAAGGCUCAAUUUGGUAGGACCGCUAGGUGCAGCUGUCUUGCAACAUCAGCUUGCUGUAAGUGCAGAAGAAUUAUCAAAGAAAUGGAUGAACCGUCCUGUAGAGGAAGCGUGCCAGACUAGUCCUUUGCUUGAUACUAUCCAGGGUUGUCAUGGUUAUUUGUUCUCCAGGCUUUUUUGUUCUUGAAUGGUGGAACUGAAGAUUCAAGAUACAGGGGUUGUUGGAUGAGAAAGUACCUUUGUCAAGCUUGUGCUUUUGCCUGUUUAAAAUUCAGAGGCACCAACAGCAGUGAUGGCAACAAAACAGAACUAGUAGUACUUCCAAAUUGUGAAUUUUUCCCCCCUUCGUGAUGGAUGUCUCGUUGACUUGUGCUUCAGGCUUAUACCACUGUAUUUGUUUUCAAGAGACCACCUGCACUGCACUUCAUGAAGCACGGGUCGAGAGAGCACUUCCAGUUCAAGAAAGUCUCACUGAUGCUUGCAGAUAUUUCUUCAUUAUCAGGAGAAGGAAGUACAAGGAUGUGAGCUGCAAUCAGCUUAGAUCAGCAAGCUUAUCUGAGUAAAUAUUUCAGCUCGCUUGUAAGAUCUUUCUCUGCCACUCUUUUCCCUGGAAUAGAUACUUUAACGGCAACUCUAUAAUAUGCCUAUAUAGUUCUUCAAGUUUCGUAGGUUACUUAUCAUUCAAAGGCAUAUAUUGUUGGAUGUUGAAGCUACUGGAUAUAAAACACAUAUAAUGGUGCCAAGAAUAUCUCAAAUAUGUUUUCUUUCUAGUUACUUGAACAGAAAUUACACUGGCUCACACAAAUUUUAUGAAAUCUAUUACACUUGCUUUCCUUUUUUCUUCCUUAUA